UAUACAACAUAGGACAGUACCGGAAUGCAUCACCUUUGUUUUUGUCUGCUUCUUUUUAAUAUAAAUAAAAGGGCAUGGAUCUCGCUUCAUUUCAUUUGUAGUAAACAUACAUUUCCCCAUAUUUCAACCCACAUUAAAUUCAUUUUCACUUUUGGCUAUAUAACAUUCAAAGAAAUGUUCACUGUUUUAAGACCGUUAUUGUCAUUUCACGCUUCAUCUUUAUGUUUUACAGCUUGGAAUUUUCACUAUCUUUUGCUCGUUCCCUGACAGUUUCUGCACUUCACUUCACUCAGAGAAGCAGGAGUGACCGUAGAGAAGAAGAAAACCAAUGGCGCAUUCUCGGCAACCGAACAAAGCUGGCGUCACGCUCUCCAACAAGACCAACACCAAUGGGACCUUCUCCUCCAGUAAGACUCUCUACGACGACGUUUACGGUGGUCCUCCCAAGUUCGCCGUUUCAACCCUCUCCCCUCGUUUCGAAGACUACCGUGAGAUUUUCGGAAGCUUCCACACCGCACGCGCUUCCUCCAUUCCACUGCUCGAUCUUCCCGCCGUCCACGACGCCGAGGCCUUCUUCGAUCCCCGAAGCCACUCUUUCAACUACACCGAAGUUUUCGGUGCGUUGGAUUUUGAGCUUCCGUCCGACAACUUAUUUCACCGCCACACUGCUCUCAACGCUGCCUCCUCUGAAGAAGCCUGGAGUCCUGCAGAAACUGAUUCAUUUUCUGAAGAGUUAGAUCAAUCUGCAAUUAAUCAAAGCAUUUUGAAUGGAAAUAUUUUCCACUCCGUUGAUGGUAAUGUGGGAUCGAACAUUCUGUAUCAUAAGGUCAAUGGUACAAGAAAUGAACAUAUGUCAAAGGGGAAGAAUCAAUCAAGUCAGCUGCAUGCUGUUCCUGGUUACGGACAAGUAUACGAUGAAACUACAGAAUUGCAUCGAACUGAUUCCUCCUGUCUAGUUGCUGAUGAUAUUGAUCUUGAUCUUGAUAUGGAAUUUAGUACCGAGAAAGUGAAGGGGAACCAACCAAGGGCAACAACCAUGUCAAAACUGCGCAAUUUUACCUCCGGGGAACAGACUUUUGACAGUGAUCUAAAUCUUCAAAAUGCAGGAAGCAAAAAGGAUUCUCAUUCUGGUGAGAUGUUCAUAACUGUGUCUGACAUCAACCUCAGAAGUAUCCCUUCUCAAGUGCCUCCCCCAUCUCGUCCACCUCCUGUACUGGAUGCAAAAAAGGACAUGUGUGGACUUCAUUCAAACAGCAGACUGGUUGUUUCUGAAGAGACACCUGGUGCUGUUUCACCACCUUUCUUUGAUGCGGAGGAUCAUAUGAAUUCAUCUGCUACAGCUUCUGCUGGUGCUAUGAAUGAAGCAAUGCUUAGAGCAGAAGCACAACUUAGAAGUACCAAAGAAUUAAAAGGGAGAAAGAAAUGGGAUUGUGAAACCUAUUCAAAAUCAAGUUAUGAUGCAAAAGUUAAUAAAGCAAAGAUGUGUAAGGAUAUCACUGGAUUAAAUAGCUUGAAUGAUGAGACAGCUCUGGGAAGUUAUGACUGGAGACAUUCAAAAGCAAAAUUAUAUGUCACAGAUGACAGGCAGGAAUUUAAGAAAUCUUCCCCAGAAACUAUGGAAAAUUUAGAAGGGAAAAGCGCAGUAAGCAUGUUUGAGGAAAAGAACAAGAUGGAAUCCCGAUCAUCUAUAGAAUCCGAUGGAAGCACAGAAGUUGGAACAUGGAAAGAUGAAUCUGAUUUUUUUGAAUUAGCGGGAAUGGAAGAAUCUAGAAUGGUAACUCAAACUGCAAAGCAGAGUAAGAAUUUGGUGCACGGUACUGGAGCUCAAAAACAUGGUCAGAAGGAAAGAGAGGCAUCUAAUGUGCAAGAAAAGCGUAAACAAGUAAAAGCAACUGAAGGAAACUAUCAGGUGGAGGAGUAUGAGAAAAAAUAUAAAGCAACAAAAGAGGUUCGUGAACAUGAUGAAAACAUUAUGAAUCCUGAAGCAUCUAAUUUGAAACGGAGGCAAAGAGAGCACAUGAAAAUGGAAAAAAUGCCCAAAGUAUUUGAGGAGGAAGAAAAUGAGAAGACUAUAAAAAUAGCCCACCAACAUGGAAAAAGUGAAAAGAAAGUAACUGAAGCUGACCAAUAUGCAAUCAUGGAAGACAUAUGUGAGAUGGGACACAGAGAGCAUAAACAAGCAGAAACCCAGGAACCCACAGAAGUGGAUAGGCAAACAGCAAAUGACAUUCGGCAGGCCACAGGACUUAGGGAAAAUCAGAAGAAACUAAGGGAUGUUGAAAAGCAACAACAGAACGUGAGUAGGCGCAAGCAAUCUGAGAAAAUGGAGGAAAAUAGAAAAACACAAAGCGAAGCUUUUGCUAUAGGACAAACUGACCAGGAGGAAAAACUGAAAGGUUCUGGGAAGCUGGAAAAUAUUGUUGAAGGAUCAAAUGUGGUUUUUGAAUCUGAUCACACCGAGGAAACAUGCAAAAGUGAAAAAGAAAUGAGAUUGAAACUAGGUAAACGGAUUCAGAUGAAUAAGGGACUGAAAGAAGCUCACGAAAGAGUAGAAAUUGAGAAAAACCUCAAAAGUUCUUUUGAAAACGAAGAAAGUGAUGGAGGCGUAAUACCUGCUUUCAGGUGGGAUGAGAAUGGAAAGCGGCUUAAGGAAGACAUUGAACUGGAAGUAAAGGAGAUAAGGCUGAAAGAGGCUUCUAAGCAGAGGGAAAAUAAGGCAUAUGAAAAAUAUCAAAGUACAAAGGAAUUUGAAGACUUUUAUGAUGGGCAUAGAGAAGGAAAUAGACUUUCAGAAUCAGGGGACGGGGAAGGGAUUCAGAAAGUUAUGAAUCAAACUCCAGUGCAAGAACAGAUUAAUAGGAUGCUGAGUGAGGAUCAAAAGAAAAAAAUCACUGAGAGCACAUCAAGCCAAACAUUUGCCAUGGAAGGGAGUGUAGCUGUAUCAAAUGAGAAUAGACACCUGGAGCAAUCUGAGAAUAUGGACAAAGAUCGUGGAAUGGAAAAAUGUAAGGGACUGAACAAGGCUUUGGAUGACAAGGAACGGAAAGACGGGGGAAACGUGAAGAAUGCUAAAGCAACUGAUGAGACAUGGGAAAUAGAGAAUGACGAAGAUCUAGCUACUCAAUCAGCCUCCAUAGAUGAAGAAUUUAUUAGGAAACUGAAGAUAUUUAAAGAAUCUGCUGCUGACCAAAAUAUUGAAAAGAUGAGAACUGAAUGCAAAGUUGGAGAAAAGCAAUUGAAAGGGGUAGAGAUGGAAAAUCAACUGGAUAAUGUAAAGUUCAGUGCACCUGAACAAAUGACUGCAGGAGAUGCAGAGCAUUCAAAAACCCAGUCAGAAAAGGAGGAAGACACAGUGACAAAGGUUGAUUGCAGAAGGAGCACGGAAACAGCUGAACCUGUUGUUCAGGAGACUGUAAAUGCUCAGAAAACUGCCCAGUUGUUUCAUAUUGGUCAAUCCACAGAAAGCAAAACUAAGAGUAUUAAUGAAAAAUCUGCAAUAAUUAAAGAUACUGAAAGGAUGAAAAGAGAAAAUGAGUCGGAAAAUGAUCAUCUUAGAAAGAUGGAAGAGGAGGUGGAUAUAGAAAGAGUACGAGAAAAAGAAGUUGAGAAAGCAGUGCUGGAGGCCGAGAGGGAGAGGGAAAGGGAAAAGGAUAGGAUGGCUGUUGAUAGAGCAGCUUUUGAGGCUCGGGAUAGGGCAUACGCUGAAGCUUGUGAAAGGGAAGAAAGGGCUGCAUUUGAAAGAGCAACUACGGAAGCACGGUACAAAGCUCUGGCUGAGGCCAGGGAAAGACUUAUGAAGGCAUGUGCUGAGGCCAGGGACAAGUCAUACAUUGAUAAAGAAACUGCAGAGGCAAGAUUGAAAGCAGAACGUGCUGCUGUAGAAAGAGCAACUGCAGAGGCUCAAGACCGGGCCCUGGAGAAGUUAAAGAAUGAAAGGACUGCGUUUGAGUCCAGAGAACGGUUAGAUAGAUCUGUAACUGACAAUUUUUGUGGAAGACAGGACUCUUCAUCCUCAGAUAUGCUGGAUCCACAGUUUCAGAACUCUAGCCCCUCAACGGUUUCCAGACAUCCAUAUUCUCUUUAUGGUGCUGCCUCUUUUUCUGAGAGAUCAGAAAGAGAAGGUGAAUCAGCUCAGAGGUGUAGAGCUAGACUGGAGAGGCAUCGCCGAACAGCUGAGCGUGCAGCAAAAGCUUUGGCAGAAAAGAACAUGCGUGACCUUCUAGCUCAGAAGGAGCAAGCUGAGAGAAAUAGACUAUCAGAGACUCUGGAUGCUGAAGUAAGGAGGUGGUCAGGUGGAAAAGAAGGAAAUUUGCGUGCCUUACUUUCUACAUUGCAAUAUAUCCUUGGGCCUGAUUCUGGGUGGCAAUCAAUCCCAUUGACGGAGGUCAUUACUUCUGCUGCUGUGAAGAAAGCUUACAGGAAGGCCACCCUGUGUGUUCAUCCUGACAAAUUACAGCAACGUGGAGCUAGUAUUCAACACAAAUACAUAUGCGAAAAAGUUUUUGAUCUUUUGAAGGAAGCUUGGAACAAAUUCAACUCAGAGGAGCGGUAACAUGCCUGGCGGCCCAGGUCUGGUUUUUCUCUCUCCCUUUCUCUUGCAAUUGUGUAUAGAAGCCUCACCUUUGCCGGAAGGCACGCAGUCCCAGCUUCCAAAACCUUUUAUAAUUAUUUUGUCAAAGUAUAUGUUCUGCUGUAAUAGUCUCAUCAAAAGUAAAUAGAUACAUAAAUUAUGAAGCUGUAGAAGCUAAAUUGGCAAUAUGUAUGAGCAAAAUAUUUGUUAUUAUCA